AUGCUUACAAAAGAUGAGGCUUUGGAUAAACGACAAGUGACAUUUACACUUCGCUCUGAAACAUUGUUUGGCCUAAUUUACCAGAGUAGAUCAAAUAUUAGCUUACAAGAAAUUAGAGAAUAUUACAUUAAUUCUGGAAGUAAUAUUUUUGAGACUUGUUUUCACUUCUUGCAGCCUUGUAUCAUCUCAAAUGCCAAUAGCAAGGUGAAGAAACCAGUGACGAAACAAAAGAUUGACAUUGCAUUAGAGCUGUUAAAACAAAUUAGGAAGACAAAGGAGCUAAAGUUGGUUAUCAAUUUAUUAUCUAAAGAAUUAGGAAUGUCGAAAAAUGAAUUCUUUACAGUUUUAGCAGCAGCUAUCGAGAAGUCAAAAAUUAAUACCAGUGCAAAAUUGUCCCACCCUCAAAUUAUUGCAUUGAUUGAUACCUAUGUCAAAACCAGAGAUCCAAGCACGAUUUUUGAUUUUCUGAUCACCCGAGGAUCCCUUUCUUCCUUGUCCAAUUCAACCACUCCUCUAUUAGGGAUUGGUUCUGUUAUAUCACCCAUGCUGGCCAAACCUAUCAAGCAGAGAGUCGCUAUUACGCUCCAUACUAUCACAGAAAAGAGUUUUAUUUUGGACUGUGAAUAUGUCAUCUGUGACAAAGAGACUGAUAUUGUGGCGAGUUUCCAACAAUUUCAAAAUCGAGCAACAUUAGCGCCAUCCAUGAAACCCAUUAUUCGAGCAUUUGAUAUCCUUUAUCUCGAUAACCAACCUCUCACAGACUCUCCAUUAGAGUUCAGAAGAAUGGCAUUGGAAGGCAUUGUGUCCAAUAUUGAUAAUCCAGUUCUUAAAUUGUCAGAGGCAAAAGAUAUUUUCAUUCAUUCUACAGAUUCGAAAAAGAUUGUACACGAUAUUUAUGACAUUAUGAAUGAUUCUGUAGCCGCUAACUGUGAAGGACUCAUCAUCAAAUGCUUCUCUUCAAAAUAUGAAUUUGGCAAGAGAGGAUGGUACAAGCUGAAAAAGGAGUAUCUCAAUGGAGGGCUUUAUGACUCAAUAGAUCUAAUUGUUCUCGGUGCGAAGAAAGGUAAAGGUAAGAGAGCAGGAAUGUUUGGAUCUUUCUUGUUGGGCGCAAUCGACAACACCACCGGCAAAAUUCAAACUGUGUGCUUUGUUGGAUCAGGAUUGUCGACCGACACGCUUGAUACAUUAACUCAAGAGAGCCUUAAAACUACAUUCCAAGCCCAUUAA